CAAUCACAGCUCUUCUCUCAGACUUUUCCACGUUGCAAUAUAUUCAAGGUGGGAGCCUGGCAAAUUCGAGCAUAUUCUACAAUUACAAAUUGCACUUAAGAGUAGCAAGUUUUUAGUCUGCAAGUAUAGCCUACAAAACAGGCUUUUGUAAAUUACGUAAUUUGUCAGAACAUUUAACACUGUGACUGCAAUGUCCUCGAGCCAUUCCUCUACAGGAGUUCCUAAAUGGGAACAUCGCGUCCGCUUCGUCCUGUGUUUUCUGGGUUUAGUUCUGUCGGUUUACGCGUUACAUGUCGAGCUGUCCCGGGAGAACGAUCCGGAAUAUCGCGCGAUGUGCGACCUGGGCCAUUCCGUGAGCUGCUCUAAAGUCUUCACAUCCAGAUGGGGACGUGGAUUUGGGCUCGUCCAGAUCUUUACUUCUAAAGACAGCCUGUUAAACCAGCCAAACAGUGUAUUGGGAAUAAUUUUCUAUGCAUUGCAACUGGGUUUAGGCCAGCUGGUGUCCAGUAGAGCAGCGUUCUUCCUUGUCAUGUCUUCUUGGGUGUCAGUGGCUGGAUCUGUAUAUCUGGCUGUUAUUCUGGCAUUCGUCUUGGGUGAUUUCUGCGUGGUCUGUGUCUCAACCUACAUCAUAAACUUUGCUCUCCUCUACACAAACCUAAAGAGAAGGACGGGACUGGAGGGACGUCUGAAGAGAGGGAAGAGCGAAUGACACGGGGACAUCUGGGAUUAAGCUGCCUCUAACUUCUGGGGGAAAAGAGAGGAACAUGCAUAAAAUAAUUGUUUAUUACUGAAAAUCCUGGCACUUUGCAGACUGGUCUUAGUAAAAAGAAAAAUACUAACAAUAAUCUGGACUUCACAUGUUCAUAGACACAAAUAGGGGAGGAAGCCUCAGUUUUAUUUAUAAUCUAUUUCAGAAUAAUGAAAAACAACAACAACAACAUGUUCAUGGAAGUGAUGAUACAGUUAUCAGAAAGUGUAUGAUGCUCAUCCUGUGUUUUGCGUCCAGGUCAGAUUUUUACAUGUACAAGUAGGCUAAUGUGAGACUCUAUGUGAUCAAUAAA